UCUUCAGAUGCUUUGACGAAUGCACAAUGGAAACUUGUGGUUUCACAUUAACACCUCCAUCACAGUGACCAAUGUCUGACAAAAGAUCUCUCACAGGAAUAACAAUAGCAGAAAAACGUAUGCGUCAUACGUUUCAAAUGUUUCAUUAUAUGAAACAUUGUCACCCUACAAAUGAUGUUUGUCCAGAUUAUCCGAGCGGUUGUGGUGUUUUGUCUUAAUAUGUAUUUUACUCACUGCACGGUUCUCCAUCAGCCUGACUCUGUUAUCACAGUUGAACCUGGUGCCAAUGUGACUCUGCAAUGCUUUUUCACAGAAAACUACACCAUCUAUGAUAUGUUUUGGUACAAGCAAAUCAAGAACCAGCGGCCAUGUGCUGUGGUUAUGGCGAGAGCAGUUGCUGAUCCCAUUUUUUAUAAAGGGUAUACAGACACACGCUUCAAUAUCAGCAGAUCAAAGAAAAGACUUUCUCUUAGUAUCGUUAACGUUAGUCAUUGGGACGAGGGGGUGUAUUUCUGUGGAGUGGAGAUUUUCUUUGAUAUUGAGUUUGGAAAUGGAGUAUUUUUGGCAUUAAAUGCAUCCUUUAACUCUGCAGCUUUAAAUCCAACAGAGAUUUGGAUCACAGUUGUUAUCUUUCAGUGUAACAUUAUUGGAAUAUGUGCUGUGUGGAUCGUAUAUCUCUGCCUCAGGAUUAGACAAGAAAAGGCAUUAUCUUCAGUUCCUUCCAUUCCUAGCCGGCCUCAUAGCAACCACAUGUCCAUCCAUAUUAAAAUUCCUGAUGCAAAGAGUCAUUCAUCCAGUUUUUGAUGCUAAUCAAGAUCAAAGCCUGAGGGGACAGUGAUGCUCAAUAAAGGACAAUCAUUCUUAAAUGAAAAACCCUGGAGAGAGAAGAGAGAGAGAGAAAGAGAGAGAAAAUCGGCCA